UAAUAAAAUCCAAAUUUGUAAGAUUUGUCAUACAUUGUUUAUUUGUUUGUUUCAUCUCAAUGAAGUCAUAUUUAGAGGAAACUGAAGAGCGGAAGCAACUUGAAAGUCUUGUGCAUAACUUCAAAAAGGAACUUAUUCUUUCUCGCCAAUGUGAAACUUCUGAACGUCUAAGGGCAACGAGUUGUCAACAAUAUGUUGCACACGAGCAAGAAAUUGUAAGACAGCUAAUUGCAGUUAGAGGUGAAAAUGUGAAGCUAAUGGAGAGUGUUGCUAAGUUCAAAGAAAAUGAAAUUGCUCUGAAGCAGGAGCUGACCUCACAGCAACUCCAGCACGAACAGGAGACAAUGAAGAUUCAGGAGCAACACAAAGUGGAGCUGGUCUGCCUCAACACAAAACAUGAUGUGGAGAUCAAAGAAAAACAGGCAAACUGGGACAAAAAAGAGACUGAGUGGAACAAACAUCGUGCAGAGCUGAUGGCAAACAUAGAAGCCCUGCAGAAGAAACUGGACAUCAGCGCUGAAACAGCGAGCAUCGCAGCUUCGCUGUUUGAAGAGAAGAUAAAUAACCUCCAAACAGAAAACGGAAACCUGCGCAAAGAACUGCGAGAUAUGCAAGAAAAUAUUUCCCUUCAGCGGGAGCGGUACAAUGCUAAUAUCAAUAUGUGGAAAAAGAAAUCGCUGCAGCAAGAGCGCCCGCAGAAGACGCCCCGCCUCGCCGCGGAGCGCCAGCUGCCAGAGCCACCCAAUCCCCCCUCCAUCCUGAAGAAGGCCAAGAGCGUCAAAUUUGGCCGCGACGCUGUCCUCAGCUCUCCCAACGACUUCCAGGACGCCGGCGCCGGGGGCCCGAAGGAAUGCGAUAGGGUCUGCACGCCCAUGCCGUUCCCUUGGGACGUGCCGCAGCACCCGGGGGACACUUCCUCCAGGUCGAUUCCCAAGAAGAGGAGGCUGUUUUCCGACAACAGCGCCAUGGACGAAGACCUGUACGAGCGCUGAUCUUGAAGACUCAAGUACGAGCACAGGUAAAGUCAUCUUGACGAGUAAAGAACUGACCUUUCUUGCCUUUAUGUAAUGCUGGUGUGUUGGGUCCAACACUACUGAUUCAGUUACCUUAUGGACUCCACGUGAAAUACGGACUUCACUUUUCAAACUACAGUAGAGCACCCCUCAACCGUAAUUCCCACAAACGGAACUCCCGAUAUCCGGAACUAAAAUUUCCAAAAAAAA